AUGGUUGAGAACAUGAAGAUCGUCGCCUCCGAGGACCGCGACCUGACUGUUGAGGAGCGCAACCUUCUCUCCGUUGCCUACAAGAACGUCAUUGGCGCCCGCCGUGCGUCUUGGAGAAUAGUCACUUCUAUCGAGCAGAAGGAGGAGUCCAAGGGCAACUCUUCCCAGGUUACUCUCAUCAAGGAGUACCGCCAGAAGAUCGAAGAUGAGCUCGCCAAGAUCUGCGAGGAUAUCCUUGACGUCCUUGACAAGCACCUGAUCCCCUCUGCCAAGUCCGGCGAGUCUAAGGUCUUCUACCACAAGAUGAAGGGUGACUACCACCGCUACCUUGCCGAGUUCGCCACAGGCGACAAGCGCAAGGACUCGGCCGACAAGUCCCUCGAGGCCUACAAGGCUGCCACCGAUGUUGCCCAGGGCGAGCUUCCUCCCACUCACCCCAUCCGUCUGGGUCUUGCCCUCAACUUCUCCGUCUUCUACUACGAGAUUCUCAACGCUCCCGAUCAGGCUUGCCACCUUGCCAAGCAGGCUUUCGACGAUGCCAUUGCCGAGCUUGAUACCCUGAGCGAGGAGAGCUACAAGGACUCGACCCUUAUCAUGCAGCUCCUCCGUGACAACUUGACUCUCUGGACUUCUUCCGAGGCCGAGACUGCCCCCGCCGAGGGUGUCCCCAAGGAGGAGCCCGUCGUUGCCGAGGAGCCCAAGGCCGAAGAAACCAAGGCUGCCGAAACGGGGUUAUUGAUUUUUGUCUCUUAUUUGUUUUCCCACGGAUCCGAAGAAGCCUACCAAGCCGUUGAACAGACGAGCUUGCUCUAG